CUUCACGGAAGAGAGCGGAAGGUCGGCGUCCACACAACCACCGCGACCGUCAGGGAGAAGGUCGAACCGAGCAACGUUACCGUAUGCGUCAGGGGAAAUAAACCGGGGGACAAACACUAAGAGCGAAAACAGGAAGAGGAAAUAUACAAAAUACAGCAGUCGCAAGAAAGCACGGGGUUUUGUCUCUGCAGCAGCACGGCGGAGUGUCUGACAGAAAUGGGAUUGUGGUUCUCCUGAUAGGAACGGAACAGCAGUGGAACCCAGCGGACCGGAGGGAGGACAGGCACCGGGCGCAGACAUGGCCCACGUAGGCAACGGAGCGACCGCAGAGGAGGAGGACUGCUUUGAAGAUGCUUACGACCGAAUACCUGCGGCAUGUCAGAUGGACCUGCAGACAGCCAUCCAGGAGACUCAGUGCGCUCUCAAUCUGGUCCUCAACGACAAGUUCUCUGAAGCCCUGGACCUCCUCAAACCAUGGUGGAGGGACAGUAUGUACCAUGCGUUGGGUUACAGCAGCAUCCUGGUGAUGCAGGCGACCAUGACCUUCGAGCACAGAGACAUCCAGACUGCCAUGGCAACCAUCAAGGAGGCGUUAAACACCUGUCAGAGGUUCAGGAAGAAGAACUCUGUAGUUGGAUCUCUGUCCAGUCUGAUCAGCAAGCAGUCCAACCUGCAGGAAGAGGAGAUGCACGCAGAGAUCUGUUAUGCUGAGUGUCUGCUGCAGAAAGCCACACUAACGUUUGUACAGGAUGAGAACAUGAUCAGUUUUAUCAAAGGAGGGAUCAAGAUUCGAACAAGCUACCAAAUCUACAAGGACUGUCAGAAUGUGCUGAAUGUCACUGAGGACGCGGCUGGCCAGUCUGAUUUGUUCAAACAAUUUGAAGGCGGAGUCAAGCUGGGUAUCGGAUCCUUCAACCUGAUGUUGUCUCUGCUCCCUCAGAGGAUUUUGAGGUUGUUGGAGUUCAUCGGAUUCUCAGGAAACAGGGGGUUUGGUUUGUCUCAGCUGAGAGAGGGCGCUUCCAGUCACAGUUUGAGGUCGAUCCUAAGCGCUCUGACUCUGCUCUUCUACCACACAUAUGUGUCACUGAUACUUGGAACUGGAGAGGGGAACCUUGUGGAAGCUGAAGCUCUGCUAGAGCCGUACCAACACAAAUACCCCAAAGGCUCAAUCAUUCUCUUCUACUCUGCUCGCAUUGCUACGCUGCGAGGAAACUUUGAGAAGGCCCGGGCGAGGUACGAAGAGUGUAUCAACAACCAGCAGGAGUGGAAGCAGAUACACCACCUGUGUUACUGGGAGCUAAUGUGGGUUCACUCCUACCAGCAGGAGUGGCAACAGGCAUACCAUUACGCUGACCUGCUGUGCAAGGAAAGCCGCUGGUCCAAGGCUAUCUAUGUGUACCAGAAAGCAGCCAUCCUCAGUAUGAUGUCAGAAGACGAAGUCAAGAAGACAGGGGAGGACAUAAUGGAGCUCUUUAGGCAGGUGGAGGGGCUGAAACAGCGCUUGGCAGGAAAAUCGAUACCGACGGAGAAAUUUGCAGUGAGGAAGUCCAGACGCUACAAAGCUGCUAACCCCAUCCCCCUGGUCAUCCCAGCACUGGAGAUGAUGUACGUUUGGAACGGUUUCACCAUCCUCGGGAAGAGAGCCGACAGUACCGAGGCCCUGCUGGUUACCAUAGAGGCGGCCGAGGAGCAGCUUCGCAACGACCCCAACCCCUCAGAGUUUCAUACAGAUGAUAGCUGCCUGGUCCAGAUGUUGAAGGGACUCUGUCUAAAACACCUGGGCAGGUUAUUGCAAGCUGAGCUCUGCUUCACGCAGGUGCUGUCCAGCGAGGGUCGCAUCCGAUAUGACCACUACUUGAUUCCCUUCACUCUCUAUGAGUUGGGUCUGUUGUAUAAACAUCAGGGAGACUUCACCAAGGCCACUACAUACAUCGAAAAUGCCAAGACGAACUACAAGGACUACUCCAUGGAGUCCAGACUGCACUUCAGGAUCCAUGCAGCCCUCAACAGCCUCAAAGGAUCACCAGUUGGCACCCCGUAAUACUCGAAAACAACGUAAAAACAACAGUAUAUGAAACAUCCGGGGACUUCCCCUCAAAACUUCAGCUGCUGUGAAUGAAUCGGUUGUGACUGCCACUUUACAAAGAAGCUUAAGUGUGAGAUCACAUGUCCACCAGGACUCCCUUUUUCUUCAUUGCUCGCGCGCGACCAUAUAAUUUUAUUGUUCCUUAUUUAUUCUCAGAUGAGAUUAUUUAUUUACUUGCACCUCUUUUCAAACAGGCUCAGGCUUCCUAUUAACGUCUACCAGCUAAAACUGAGAUUUUAUCGGUAGAUGCAGAGCCACGGUUCAACGCCAAAUGUCAAUUUAUUUAACAUACCAAUAGUAAAUAAUGGCUCCUUUACUGUCAGUAAGGAGACACCAACAUUUGAGGAGUUUCCUUUUAGGGCGUGUUCAUUCAGAGGCUUUGCACAGGGGACAAUUUUGACUUCAGGCGUUCAGCUGGAGCGGGAGAGUGCUGCAACACUGCUGCACUUUUUGAUAUAUAAGCACAAGGUAAGAAAAUGUUUAAACUUUUGAGAAGAUGCGGUAUGGAUCACCUGUCAAAACACAAAGGGGAAACCAAUAAGUGACGAGAGAUCUGAGAAAACCAAUUAGUAUUCCCAACAAACCCUAACCCUUUUGAUUACAGUCGUCUUGCUGUAUGCUUAGCAUCUUCUGUCGCCUUGCAACUCUCUGUGUGAACGUGCCCCAAAAUCUAAUCUUUACUGUUCCAAAAACUGACAUGCAUUAGUACCAAACAAAUCAUGGCCUUAAAGUAAAGUAGAUUAUAAUUUUGUAUCAAAGUUAGCACUCAUUGCAAGACUCUUUGCUCACAAAAAGCUAUGUAUAUUUUUUAGGAUAGAAUCAUAAAUACUGACGGAUUUCAGGUUCAAAGAUGUUGAAACAUGAUUACUGAUGAGUACUCAUGAAUACUGAUUAAACUGAUGAGUGCAUUCAUGUUAUCAGCAGGGAGAGGUACAGUGUAUAGGCGUUGCAUUUGAUUUACUUUACCUUUUUUGAUCAUGCCACAUGUGCACACAGCACACAAACAUGUCUGUGCACAUGCAAUCACAGCCUUCUCACCAACUGUGGCUUAUACACACACACACACACACACACACACACACACACACACACACACACACACAUACAACAUUACUUACUCAUUCCAAGCUUGCACAUACUGGGCAAUAUGCACACAGAGAAGAGAAACAAACACACACAAACCGCUGUAAGCGCACACAGUUAGCACACAGUUUAAAAUAACUUGUGCUGUUAGUCAGUCAACUUUGCGGUCAUUCUGUCAGUCGGUGUGUGUCCAUGUUCAACAGGCUGUAGUUUCAGUUCUGUUAUCUCUCAGUGGCAGAGCAGCAGGUUGCUUUUUACUAAAUUUCUAUUAAAACUGGACUAAUCUAUAUUAAUGUACACAAUGGGGAUACAAACACUAUCACCAGACUCUGUCUUUUAAAGUUUAACUACACAGGUUUUCUAGGCCUUGGGCACGAGCUUCAGUUAACCAUUACUUGGCCAAAGAAAUAUGGUUCCUUAUUGGCUAAAAUAUAUCUUCAAACAGAGCAUGUCUGCCUUUGAGAAAUGUUUGCAUGACUAAAAAUACAUUCGCUCUGCAUUUACUCAACCUUCUGUUGAUAAAAUACUGAAAGGAUUGGUGGGUUAAGGUUAAUCUCAAUAGUCGCUGUUCUGUUUGAGCUGCUAACAUACCGACUGUUGUAGACAGGGGAGAUGUGCUGGUUCUCCUUUUGUUAUAUUAAGUAAUAUUCUAUUAUAUAACUUAAAUAUGUUACUUAAAAAGCACAGUCUAUGAUCUCCAAAUACCACAAUAAAAACAGAAGAAGAGAGCAUUCUUUCAUGCCUGUUCUCCUUUUGCUUCAAGUAGUUUGAUACUAUUUACUAAUAUGUACAUGAUCUAUAUCCAAGUAUAAGUGUAAGUAUUUACUGUCACAAACUAAAAAGGUACAUUUAUUUUGUACCAGGUGGAUUUGGGACAUGGUUUGAUGAAAUGCUUUCAUCUUUAAAAACGAAUUUUUGCUUCCAUGUCCAACACCGGGGUGAAGGAUGCACUUUUUUGGAUUGAUUCCAGUAAACCUGGAGUUAAAUGCGACAGUGGUAACAGUUAGCCUUCUCCCUAUAAUGAAUGUAUCAACCUAAAGACCAAAUUAUAUGUGUGUCUCGCUGUACGUGCCUUUUUGUUUUUUGUGUGUAUUUUGUGCCUGUUAAGAGUUUGGGUGUUAUUUUCUUCAUGUGCUUGUGUGAUGGGAAACUUUUGAACAACAUAAUUCGCCAAGUGCAGUAAAUGUUCAGGAGUUUCUUGGUAAAGUCACUAAUAGUUUUACUCAAAAGACCAGAGUCCUCUAUGUAAAAGAGUUGUGGCAAUAAAUGCAGUGAAGGCCCAGUAGUGCCCUGGCUGUACUAUAGUGAGAUCAACUGCUAAUGCUAGGAAACUGCCAGUGGAGUUGUUGACUAAUUUUGCUAGUUAUACGACAAGAACAAAAUUGAACUCAGUGAUUAUAGAUAAUGCCCCAAUCAUUAAAAUGUUCAGUCAGUCAGUAUGCUACUACACGAUUGAUUUAACAAAGUGUGCUGUUUCAUCAUCACACCCCUAGCUUGUUUGCAUGUUGCCUGUUAUAAUUAUAAUAUUAUAUAUAAUAGUGUGUGUGUGUGUGUGUGUGUGUUUAUUUAAAAUAUGCUAAUUUAAUGUGCCUACUGGCAUAGAUCAAUUAAUUAUUUCAGCAUUAUUGCUCAAGACAGACGCUCAUGUAUGCAUACAUAAGCAGUUUAUGCUUCUCAUUUAUUAUCAUUACAUUUGUGUCACAGAGCGACCCAUCUGUUUUUCUGGAAGACAAAUUUCUGCCGAUCUUUCAGGAACCCAGAAUAUCUUAAAGCAGUUUUGAAGGUAUUUCCAGAAUCCUCAAGGACUGUCUAUCUGAAUAAAAAUAUUCUGGUCACAGCAUGGUAACAAGAUUUUUAACCCAAUUUUCUGAUCUGGAAAUUCUUGUCUAUGGAAAUAUGAAAUAAAGGAAUAUAACAUUAUUAUAUACAAAUAUAUUAGCUUUUUUUUUUUUCACAUCGGAGGAAUAUGCUUUUAUUUCUGGCCAUCAUCUGUGUUAAGAAGUGGAGGCAGCAUUUAAGAAAUCUGUAAAAAUCCCUUUGCAACCUUUCAUUGUCACAACCUUUCUUUGUAGAAGGCUUUGGUUCAUGUGCUUCGUUCAGCUGUUCAUGUCAGUGCCUCUGUGUGUCUCUGCGUUAAGCUGUUUGUAUUGAUAGGGUUUUCUAUAUGAUUUGCUUUGCAUGUUAUUCUCUUUAUUUCUUUUAUUAUGAGAAGUGACUGUAUGUGCUUUACGGCAGGAAGCGAUACAACUCAAUAUUACGGGCUUCACGGUUACAGAUGGAGAUCCACGUGGUGCAAUAAAAUGAAAAUAGAAGAAUAAUUGUUCAUUGUUCAUUUUGACUGACAUGGCGUUUUUCUUUUAUUAGCACUCUUUCUAUGCUUGUGCCUCUUUGUGUGUAAAUCUUUAGCCUUUAUUUCUUAUUUCUUUGGCCUUGUUUAUAUUACGUGUUUUACAUUUAUAAUGAGAACAAAAUAAGUAUCACUUGUAGUUAGUUGUCUUGUUCAGGUAUUAUUAUUAUUUUUAGAUUUUUAAUCCAGAUCCAGGAUUUGCAGUUAUAGUUUUGUCACAUAAUGAUUGGUCGUAUUAAAGUAUGAUCAUUAAAAGAGAAGCGCUGCACGUAUUCCCCUAGAAAAUGUUUUCCCCCUGUAACUAGUCCUGUAGUCUGUCUUUUGUAUCUUUUGCUUUCCAAAUAGAAAAAAACAUUUUAUUUUAACUUUAUAUUACUUUUUUUUAUGACCGUCACAAACAAGACGUUCCUACUGAUUCAACAAGAAGCUGUCAAGCUCUAUCAAACGUCAACUGUUCUUGACAAUCAUGUUUGGAUCACGGCUUUAAAAAGACAACUUUCCAGUCAAUAUUAUCAGCGUACCUAAUCUUUCCAGUCAAAACAGGAAACACUGGUAGAUGUUCUAUCUCUGCCAGGUAGGUCCAACCCAUUGUCCUGCCAGGACCUCACAUAUGGACACUUGAUUAAGACCCCUUGGCAUCACUUUUUAACGCCCUGGGGACCCCUUUAGCGUUGUUUUUGUGUAGGGCUCCACGGUCAGGUUAGCAAUAAUAAAUAUGCAAUGUUCAGUUAGACUUUCAAAAUAAAACUUGUGGUUAACGUCGUGAAAUGCCGUAAUUUGGUUAGGUUUAGGCAACAAAACUACUUGGUAAGGUUUAGGAAAAGACUAUUGUUUUGGGUUAAAAUUAUUACGUCAUGUAACUUACAUAAGUUAAGUCACGUAAAGUAAUGUAACUUAACUUAAAAACAAUUAACGUUGACUUUUUGUUUCCCACCUUUUCUGUUAUUUGUAAUAGGCCUGUUAGCGUUGAACUAUGACACUUAAGAGUGCCAUGUGAGGACGUGACAAAGUGUAGGUAUUUGUCAUCCUGAAAUAACAACAGGCUGAGGGCUCCAAAAAUUUUGUGAAAUGAGCGUAAUGUUUGAGAGAAAAGCAGGAAAGGAUUCAGAGGAGGAAGGAUGGAUAGCAAUAAACAGUUAUUGUAAAUGAAACUUAAACGUUAGCUAACCUGAACCGAAGGAUUUUAGACACCAAAGAUAGCCGAUAGCCUAACCCCCAAUACUUAUGCUAAACUGAACACUCAGCAAACAUGAACAAAAGCGUUUAGCUGCUGAAUAAAUAGUUUUUAGGAAAUUAACACAAGAAAACGAGCGUAUUACUGAUAACUGUAGAAAGACAAUACAUAAUUUUUGACUGGACUGCAAACAUCAAACCGGCUAAAGUAGUGAAAUAUAGAUAGAUUUGUGCAGUCACUGAUUCUUGUUUCUAAUUUUUCUUGUUGUGUGCGUUAAAUUAUUGAACCAUAUAUUAUAGCAGUGAUACAUAAUAAAAUGUAUUGUCCAAAAUUACAAAAAAAACUUUUCAUGUCAAAUAUGUGCAAUACAUUUUGAAAGCCAUAAUUAUUUUGGUAGUUGCCUUUAUACACUCCAGGACACAAUACCUUCCUCUUUUCUCUCUUCGUACUGUCUUAUUGAUUGCAUUUUUUGCCAAAAAUGCACUGGACGCACUCUUGAAGUGUAUAUUUGUCUCAACUUGUUGGAUAAUGCUCUAGUUCAGACAUCGAGAUGAUAUGAAUAAGUGCGCACGACUGAUGCUUUCGGUGCAUUUGUGGCAUCAAUGCAUAUAUGCAGGACUUUUACACAGAUGUAUCCCAUCUGACCUCUAGUUAGCUUGCACUGUUCUCUGAAGUAUUAUACUCAUAUAACAAUCAUGCUUGUACAUCAGGAACGUGUACUACAAUGUGUACUACAAUUUGAUCGUUUUAGGAACUUGUUAUUGUUUAACUGUGUGAUUAAAUGUCUGUCAGAA